AUGGCAGAGGACACACAAAUACCCAUUAUAUUAGGUAGGCCUUUCCUCCACACUGCAGGAGCUAUUAUUGAUGUGAAAAAUGGUAAACUAACCCUUUCUGUAGGUGAAGAUAACGUUACCUUUAAUUUAGGGAAGGUCCUUGCGAAGGAUCCCUUAGAGGAAGUUCUCUGCGGGAAUUUAUCUAGCGACAAUGCAAGCAUUUGGGGUAAUGAGGUACAAAGUAUUGAAAAAGCUCUUUCCUUAGAAGAUUUAAGCCCCAAGGAGACAAUGAAGAGGACUGGCAACAUUUCGCGGAGGCAUGAGAUGCCCCAAACUGGGAUUCUCGAAGUUGAAAUAUUCGAUGUUUGGGGUAUCGAUUAUAUGGGGCCGUUCCCAUCUUCCAAUGGGAAUUGUUACAUACUUGUAGCCGUCGAUUAUGUGUCCAAGUGGGUAGAAGCCAUAGCUUCACCAACAAAUGACUCCAAGGUAGUCAUUAAGCUCUUCAAGAAGAUCAUAUUUCCCAGGUUUGGUGUUCCACGCGCUAUUAUUAGUGAUGGGGGUACCCACUUCCAUGAAAGACAAUUGGAUAACCUCCUCAAGAAGUAUGGCGUAUAUCACAGAACAGGGCUUAGUUACCACCCUCAAACUAGUGGUCAAGUUGAGGUCUCUAACAGGGAAAUCAAGGCGAUCCUAGAAAAGAGAGGCGAGGAGAGUGAUAUUUCACCAGUUUUAGGUGUUGUUGUACAGGUAUGCAUUUGA